AUGGCAGACCCGGUGACAGCAGCGCUCGCUCUCCUGGUUCUCACCUUGGCAACUGCCUUGGGUGCGGAGAUAGAGGAGCGACUGGUGACCCACCUGCUGUCUCCAGAGCGCUACAACAAACUGAUCAGACCUGCUGUCAACAAGAGCCAACAGGUCACCAUCCAUAUACAGGUGUCCCUAGCCCAGCUCAUUAAUGUGAAUGAAAGAGAACAGAUCAUGACCACCAACUGCUGGCUGACUCAGGUAUGGAAUGACUACAGGUUAGUGUGGGACCCAGAAGAGUAUGAGGGCAUUAAGAAGGUUCGCCUCCCGUCUCAACACAUCUGGCUGCCGGACAUCGUCCUCUACAACAAUGCGGAUGGGAACUACGAGGUGUCAUUCUACUCCAACGCGUUGGUCUCCAACAAUGGAGAGGUGUACUGGCUGCCCCCCGCCAUCUACAAGUCGGCCUGCAAGAUCGAGGUCCGCGACUUCCCCUUCGACCAGCAGAACUGCACGCUCAAAUUCCGGUCCUGGACCUACGACCACACGGAGAUCGACCUGAUCCUGCUCAGCGACUUCGCCAGCCGCGACGAUUUCAAGCCCAGCGGCGAGUGGGACAUCGUGUCUCUGCCGGGACGCAAGAACGAAGACCCCUCUGACAUCACCUACCUGGACAUCACCUAUGACUUCAUCAUCAAGCGCAAGCCACUGUUCUACACCAUCAACCUCAUCAUCCCCUGUGUGCUGAUCACCUCUCUGGCCAUCCUGGUGUUCUACCUGCCGUCUGACUGUGGAGAGAAGAUGACUCUCUGUAUCUCGGUCCUCCUGGCCCUCACUGUGUUCCUGCUGCUGAUCUCCAAGAUCGUCCCACCUACGUCCCUGGCUGUCCCUCUAAUAGGGAAGUAUCUGAUGUUUGCCAUGGUGCUGGUCACCUUCUCCAUCGUCACCAGUGUGUGUGUGCUCAACGUGCACCACCGCACGCCCUCCACACACACCAUGCCCCGCUGGGUUAAACGCCUCUUCCUGCACCGCCUUCCCUCCUUCCUGUUCAUGCGUCGGCCGGGCAGCUCCAACAUCCGGGAGAGGUUCCGCCAGAAGCACCAGCGGCGUUCCUACUCCGACCUGAAGCUGAGAGACGGGGCGGUGGCGGUGGCCGCGGGGGGGAUGGGGGUGGCAGGGGCUGGGAUGGGCAGCGCUGACUCCUUCUAUGUGAACGAGGAGUCGGCCAAGCGGUACGGCUGGAAGAUCAGUGACCUGUCAGAGAAUACGGAGUUCAGGAAGAGGAUGACGGUGAAGUGUCACGCAGAUGUGGAGGAGGCAGUGGACGGGGUGCGCUACGUCGCCGAGAAGAUGAAGAUCGAGGAUAACGAUGAGGGGGUCAUCGAGGACUGGAAGUACGUUGCCAUGGUGAUAGACCGGCUGUUCCUGUGGAUAUUUGUGUUUGUGUGCAUCACCGGGACGUUGGGGCUGUUCAUGCAGCCCCUCUUUCAGAGCUACAACACACCCACGGCAGAUGACCUGGAGCAGAACUGA